AUGGCAACUUGGUCCUCACGCCUCGUUCAACAAGUUCAGCAAGUCCAGUCUCAAGAAUUUCGACAAUAUCUUAUGAGGCAAAAUAUCAAAGCUUCUUUUUCAUAUAUUUUAUUUGCAAACUGGGGUUUACCUUUGGCUGCAAUCGCUGAUUCUAGAAAAGAACCAGAAAUUAUAUCUCCAAAAAUGACAAUUGCUAUGUGUAUAUAUUCUGCCAUGUUCGCUAGAUUUGCCUGGAUGGUAAUACCUCGUAAUAGGUUACUUUUGGCUUGUCAUUUGACCAAUGAAUCAGUUCAAUUAUUUCAAGGUAAAGAAAAGAAAUUAAUGGAAGAAAUAAAAAAUAAAGAGAAUACGGAAAACAAAGAGAAUAAAGAAAAUAAAGAGAAUAAUAAAGAAAAUAAAGAAUAG